AUGCGACCGAACGGGGCCAGAAAAAUCGAACUGCGAUCUGCAUUCUUGAUAAACAAGGCAGCCGCUGUGAGCCGCGAAUUGAAGCUGCCCCUUGGAUCUGAGCAGGAAUCAGAUCAAGAGAGUCGUAGCGCGGUCAAGCAAGGCACGUCCAGGAGCACGACGCUGCCGCCCGCGCCGCGCGAGAUCUGAAGGCGCGAGACGAAGAAAACGAGAGCAAAAUUGAGGAGCUCGCGCACGCAGCGGUUGCCGCGUCUCAGAUCUCGGCGCGGCGCCUCCCGCCCGGCCCUCCCGGCGAGUGCGCCACUAGCGCGGCCGCGGGGCAGCCCCCGUGCGAUCCGAUGAGGCGGCGGCCGUUCCUGGACCAGCGGCGGCCGUCGUUCAAGCGGCGGUGGCAGCAGCGGCCGUGGUGGGUGCGCCUCGCGCUCUCCCUCGUCCUCGCCCUCGCCUUCGUCCUCCUCCUCGCCGUCCUCCUCGGCUCCCCCGACCCCGGUGCCUCCCCGUCCACCUCCACCGCCUCAUCCGGAUCCACGACCACGUCCUCCCCUCUCCUCCGCCAGAGAUCUUACCUCGAGGGCAUCUCGGAUGCGCUCAACAUGACCGAUGAAAUGCUGAGUGCUCGCUCAUUUUCAAGGCAGCUCACGGACCAGAUUUCACUCGCCAAGACAUACGUCGUGGUCGCCAAAGAAGCCAAUAACCUGCAGUUUGCUGCAGAGCUCAGUGCGCAGGUACGGCGGGCGCAGAGCAUCCUUGCACACGCCGCAGCCCAUGGGGACAUGGUAAUGGAGCAGGAAGCAGAGAAGGCGAUCAGGGACAUGUCUAUGCUGUUCUUCCAGGCGCAGCAGUUGCGGUAUGAUAGCGGGGUCACAAUCAUGAAGUUGAAAGGUCAGAUUCAGUCCCUAGAGGAGAAGUCGAAAGCGGAGGCGGAUAAGAGCACAAAAUAUGGGCAGAUUGCUGCCGAGGAGCUCCCAAAGGGGCUUUAUUGCCUUGGAGUCCGGUUAACCAUGGAAUGGUUCAACAGUCCUGAGCUUCAGAGGAAGUUUUCAGAUAGGAGCCCAGCAGUGCAGAGCAAUCUAAGGGAUAACGGCCUCUACCAUUUUUGUGUCUUCUCAGACAACAUCCUUGCUGUCUCAGUUGUCGUCAAUUCUACAGCUAUAAACUCAAAGCACCCUGAAAAGAUUGUUAUUCACCUAGUGACCGAUGAGUUGAACUAUGCUCCAAUGAAGGCCUGGUUUGCCAUGAAUGAUUACAGAGGGGUCACUGUGGAGAUACAAAAGGUGGAGGACUUCAGCUGGCUCAAUGCGUCAUAUGUUCCCGUUCUUAGACAGCUGCAGAACACUGCCACCCAGAAGUUCUACUUCUCUGGCAGUGGUAAUCGUGGAACACCAAUUAAAUUCAGGAAUCCAAAGUACUUAUCCAUGCUUAACCACCUGAGGUUUUACAUCCCAGAAAUAUACCCUGAUUUGGAUAAGGUGGUAUUUCUUGAUGAUGAUAUCGUUGUUCAGAGGGACUUAUCAGAAUUGUUUACUAUCAACCUCAAUGGUAAUGUGAUGGGUGCUGUAGAGACUUGCAUGGAAACAUUCCACAGGUUUCAUAAGUAUCUUAACCAUUCCCAUCCUCUUAUUCGUGCUCAUUUUGACCCUGAUGCUUGUGGCUGGGCAUUCGGUAUGAAUGUGCUCGAUCUUAUCGAAUGGAGGAAGAAGAAUGUGACAGGUAUAUAUCAUUAUUGGCAGGAGCGUAAUGCUGAUCAUACCCUAUGGAAGCUUGGGUCUUUGCCGCCUGGGCUUCUUGCUUUCUAUGGCUUGGUUGAAGCACUAGACCCCAAAUGGCAUGUCUUGGGGCUUGGCUACACAACUGUGGAUCCUGCUACUAUCAAGGAAGGAGCAGUACUUCAUUACAAUGGAAAUAUGAAGCCAUGGCUGAAAAUUGGAAUGGAGAAGUACAAGAGCUUUUGGGACAACUAUGUGGACUAUUCACACCCUCUGCUUCAGCGGUGCUUCAUGCGUUGAUUAAUGUGUAUCAACAUUAGAAACUUUUGUGAGCUCCCUGGUAGAAAUGUUUCAAGUGCCUGCUCCAACUUCCACACGUAAACAUUGUAGUAAAAUCAGUUGGCUUUGUUCUAAAGUUACAGCCUAGGACUAAACAUCAAUGGCUGUUUAUACUAGCAUCUGUAGUUGAUGGAGCACAACAAUCACAAAUAUCACCGGCCACAGGUAAACAGCACAAGAGCUAAGAUUGACAUGUAGUAGGCUGCUACUUGAACAACAUCCAUUAUUUACAUUCAUAACUUGCAACUGCCAAUGUAAUUUUUCCAUUUUUUAUUUUUUUGAGUGAGAUAGAAUGGAGAUCAUGUAGAAUUGAUUUGAAAUUCUUGAGGUGGUACAAGAAGUUUUGAGUUACAUAUUCC